AUCAGUUUUACCUCAGAAAUCUCACCAAAUUAUCUGUAUUGAAUUUUUUUUUCUUCUCUUCCUGCUGACUGAAGUAUAACUUUUUUUGCCAGGUCAUGGAUGAUUUUGUUUGUGAAAAACUAACCCAGUGGGGUCUGAGUGAGUUGAUAGAAACAUUUAAAGAAGAAGAAAUGGACAUGGAAAGUUUUUAUUGUCUUGAAGAUCGAGACAUUGAUACACUGAUUCCAAAAGUGGACCAAAGGACCCAAUUCAAACAGGGAUUUCAGAUGUUAAAGUGCCACAUUGACUCUGGGUCUGAACAGUGUUCAACCCAGGAUGUUACCAGGUCAAUUGGGUCAUCAUCACCUGGUCGACCGAGACAAUGUCUCCUCACUGACAGCAAUGCGACAUCUCGCCCAACCAGGUCCAGCAUAAAGUUUGUCAGCACCAUCACCAUCUCUGUUGGCUUGUUAAACAUCCGCUCACUCACCAAGAAAGAGUCUUUCAUUUCCGAACUUCUAAGGGAAAAGCAGUUUGACUUCUUAUGCCUGACGGAGACCUGGCAGAAGAAAAAUGAUCUUACACAUUUAAAAAGGGCUGCGCCGGAUGGGUAUUCUCACAUCAGCCAACCACGCUCUGAAGGACGAGGAGGCGGCGUCGCAGUGCUCUUCAGGGACAAGUGGCUUGUGUCUUCUGUCAGUGCCCCUUCUUACAAAUCUUUCGAAUCUACAGUUCUACAAAUCCACUUAUCAGUACCCACCAUUUUAGCCACUAUCUAUCGCCCUCCUGAGUCCAACAAGGAUUUUUUGAACGAUUUCUCCUCUCUUUUAACACUUUUGUGGUCCUUAUCCCCAAAUAUUAUUGUUGUGGGUGAUUUCAACAUUCACAUGGACAAAUUCAGCAAGACUUUGACGCGGGACUUUUAUUAUUUGUUGGACAGUUUUGGAAUGCAGCAAUAUGUUGACGUUUCUACACACAGCCACGGUCACAUUCUGGAUCUUGUCUGCUGCUCUGCUUUAACACUUUCAAGCUGUACAGCAUCAGAAAUGUUCAUCUGUGAUCACAAACUGAUUUCAUUUACUGUCACUUUGCCACUGUCCAGACUCUAAUUUCAUCUUCUUCCAAACAUCAGUGGCUCUAUUCUAUCUGACAAAAUCUCAGAUUCAUUUAUAGACAGGCUACAAAGAUGAUGUACCUACAACAAUGCAUGGGAAAGACAUUCUACAGAGCAAAAUAUAAUUUUAUUGGCUGGAUGUUAGUUUUUCUCAAUUGUAAUGGUGAAUUUCUCUAAACAGAAUCAAAAUGUACUUUACUAUUAUUUCCACCUCCAAGCAGCAGUUUUACAUUUCUUCUGACAAGCUGUAAAUAUGUUUGGACAUGCAUUAAUUGCUUGCAUACAAGUCUCUGCUGCUUCAGAACUGACAUAACUGGUUUCAUGUCAGUAAAAUUAACAUUUAAUGGAUGGAGUUCCUUGUAAAACUAAAAGUCAUAAUCCCAUUGUUUGGGUCAUUACACACAAAUGUUUUGCGUUAUCAAAAUCUGUCCAUAUUAUAUAUUUCUUCAUAAUUUUUUCCCAAAAAUUUAGCAUGAAAGUUGCUAUUCACCUUGUCUUUUCUUACUGUGAUUUCUUACUGCUGUAUAUACUUGACUUAUAAAAUCUAGUUGAGGCUUAAACCAAAUUUUUUGGAUACAAAUAAGAUGGGGUUUGUCUGUCAAAUCUGAACAGUUUUUUUUUUAAUUUUUAUUCUUGACUGUUACUAUUAAGACUUCUGGCAAUUCACUGGAAUAUAAUAACAAAGAAAAGAGACCACUGCGCAACUGAGGUUGAGAAGAUUGACUUCUUCAGUAUGUCCUUUCUUAAUGUUAAGAUAUAUUUGAGCUGCUUCUGCAAUUAUAUGAAUUUUUUUUUUCAGCUUUUCUUUCUUUUUGGGCAGUUUUUAUUU